CAAAGUGAAGCAAAUGCAGAUACCAAGGAAAAGCUUCCACUACGCCUACGGAUAUUUGAAAAAUUCCCCAACAGGCCCCAAAUGGUAAAAAUCUCCAAGCUGCCUUCAGAUUUCACAGUUCCCAAAAUAAGGGAAAGCUUUAUGAAGCAGUUUAUUGAUCGACAGCAGCAAGAUACAACUUGUUUAUUGAGAAGGCUUCCAUCAGCUUCUUCUUCCUCCUGUGAUCACGCUAAAAGGCUGGCAAUUGAAGACAAAUACAUUGACCAGAAGCUUCGCAAAUCUGUUUUCAGCAUUAGGGCAAGAAACCUUCUGGAGAAGGAAUCUGCAAUCAAUAAAAUUCUUAGAGCCUGUACUCAUCAGCGUAUGCUUAGUGGAUCUCUUGAGGGACAGCCUGCAAAAGAACGAUCUAUUCUUAGUGUUCAGCAUCAUAUACGCCAAGAACGCAGGUCACUAAGGCACGGCUCCAACAGUCAGCGAAUCAGCAGAGGAAAGUCUCUUGAAACAUUAACUCAAGAUCAUUCUAAUACAGUGAGAUACAGAAAUGCACAAAGGGAAGACAGUGAAAUAAAAAUGAUCCAAGAAAAGAAAGAACAAGCAGAAAUGAAAAGAAAAGUUCAGGAAGAAGAGUUGCGGGAGAAUCACCCCUAUUUUGACAAGCCUCUUUUCAUAGUGGGUCGGGAGCACAGAUUUAGGAAUUUCUGCCGCGUUGUAGUUAGAGCUCGCUUUAAUGCCUCUAAAACAGAUCCUGUUACUGGAGCAGUUAAAAACACAAAAUAUCAUCAACUUUAUGAUUUGCUGGGAUUGGUUACUUAUCUAGACUGGGUAAUGAUCAUUGUCACCAUAUGUUCCUGUAUUUCAAUGAUGUUUGAAUCCCCUUUUCGAAGAGUAAUGCAUGCACCUACUUUACAGAUUGCUGAAUAUGUUUUUGUAAUAUUUAUGAGUAUUGAACUUAACUUGAAGAUUAUGGCUGAUGGAUUGUUUUUUACACCGACGGCAGUCAUCAGAGAUUUCGGAGGUGUCAUGGAUAUUUUUAUAUACCUUGUAAGCCUGAUAUUUCUAUGCUGGAUGCCCCAAAAUGUUCCUGCUAAAUCAGGAGCUCAACUGCUAAUGGUUCUACGGUGUCUUCGCCCCCUUCGGAUUUUUAAACUGGUGCCCCAGAUGAGAAAAGUUGUUCGGGAACUAUUUAGUGGCUUCAAAGAAAUCUUUCUAGUUUCAAUCCUUUUAUUGACAUUAAUGCUUGUUUUUGCAAGCUUUGGAGUUCAACUUUUUGCUGGAAAACUGGCGAAGUGCAACGAUCCACAUAUAAUUGCAAGAGUUACAAUGAAAAUUAUUGCCAUGUCACCUGCUGGAUUUUGGCAGAGCAGAAGAAAUCGUUAUGAUCUCUUGGUGACAUCAUUAGGAGUCAUAUGGGUGAUUCUCCACUUUGCCAUAACGAAUGCCUAUACAUAUAUGAUGGGAGCGUGUGUAAUUGUGUUCAGGUUUUUUUCAAUCUGUGGAAAGCACGUGACUUUGAAGAUGCUACUGUUGACAGUCGUUGUCAGCAUGUACAAAAGCUUCUUCAUCAUUGUAGGAAUGUUCCUACUGCUGCUUUGCUAUGCUUUUGCUGGAGUAGUUUUAUUUGGAACUGUGAAAUAUGGAGAGAACAUUAACAGACAUGCCAACUUUUCAUCGGCUGGUAAGGCCAUUACGGUACUCUUCAGAAUAGUCACUGGAGAAGACUGGAACAAGAUAAUGCACGAUUGUAUGGUUCAACCUCCUUUCUGUACUCCAGAU